AUGGCCGAAGAAACAGCUCCAAGGCGAAGCGCACGCACAGCAGGCAAACCCGCGCCCUCCGCGCCUGCGCCUACGCCAGCGGUCAAGCGAAAAGCUCCGUCGAACGAACCAGCCAAGAGCGGCGAAAAGAAGUCCAAGCCUGCUCCUACCACCAAGGGUGCCUCUGCUGGUGGCCAGAUCAAAGUGGGCGACUCGCUGCCGAGUUUCAAGCUCAAGCUGCAAGACGGCAAAGAGAUCGACACGGGUUCGCUCAAGAAUGCCGUUCUGUUUUCGUACCCAAGGGCAAACACAUCCGGUUGCACAACACAAGCCAAACUCUACCGAGACAACCACACCUCCUUCACCUCUGAAAGCUACACCGUCUACGGUCUAUCCAACGACUCUCCCACCUCGCUCUCGUCGUGGAAGACGAAGCAGUCUUUCCCGUACGAUCUGAUCUCUGACCCGCAGCGGAAGCUCAUCAAGGCGCUCACCGGUUCGGAUGACAAGACGAGGAGGAGUCACUUUGUGGUGGAUGGUGAGGGAAAGUUGGCUUUCGUAGAGUUGAGCGUCAAGCCGGUGGAGAGUUGGGAGUCUGCAUUGGAGUUUGUGAAGACGCAGUGA